AUGUCGAACACCGAACAAGAAAAAGAUACAAUAACGGAAAUGUGGCAAUUAGUCACCCAAAUCACCAAUAAAAUCAAAGAAAAUCACCCGGACCUAGUAAUAACAAUCGGAAACACAGGUCCACAAUUCGCAAUAAUGCCAAUAGAAGAAUACUUAACAACCGAACAACAAACUGACAUUAUCUUUGAAGAAAACGAUCUAUUAAACGGAAUAACGACACGAAGAAACAACCAAAAUGACUUAAAUCAUGAAAUAACAAUUGAUCCCAAAGUCUCAAAAGCUAACCAGCAAUUGCAAAGCUCUUGGAAACAACGAAACACAAAAAUCAACAUAAAAAGAAAAGAAACAUUACCCAGACGAAAAAUAAAAGAGAUUUGGCAACAAUUGG